AACAUCACCUGGCGCAAUUAACUUCCUUAAUCUCCCUUCUUCUUCAGACAACGUUGUUUAAUUUCUUUCUUAAUCGAAAAUUUCCCCCCAUUGAAUCGAGAAUGGGGAAAGGGAAGGCCAAGAUCGAGAUAAAGAAAAUCGAGAAUCUGCAGAGGAGGAACGUGGCCUUCACCAAGCGCCGCCAGGGGCUCUUCAAGAAAGCCCGCGAGAUCUGCCGCCUCUGCCCGGGAACCCGCCUCGCCGCCCUCGUCUUCUCCCCCGCCGGGAAGCCAUACAUCUUCGGUGACCCCAAUGCCCUCCUCGGGGCGGCGGGUGCGAGUGGGAUUUGGGCGAGCUGGCGUCGUCCCGCCACAUGAUUGAGUCCGGGGAAGGGUGUCUGGGCUGUGAUUCUGGGAAUGAGAAUCGGUUUGCGGAUUUGGGCGAGCUCGAGUCGAUGCUGAUGAACGAUUCGCUCGGGGACGACGACGACGACUUUCUUGGGGAUGUGGAGGCCUUCGCGAAUCAGCUGAUGGAACUUUGAGUUCGAUCGUUGGAUCUAUAUUGGGCGAAUUGAAUGAAUCAAUCGCACUGCCCGGU